GACGGCGAGCCGAUCGCUGCUUUUCGCAUAUCGCACGGCGGCGGCUCGCUCUCGCGCCGGCUGCCAUCUUGAGAAGAGAGCUGAGCGAGUAUAGUGUGUAGAAGAGAGAAGUAGCCCCUCGCGCUCUCGUUCUGCCCGCGGGGAAGCCGGCUCUGUUGGCUGCAGAGCAGUGUGCUACUGUGCGCCGCGCGCGAAAACCGCAUCAUCCUCGAGAGAGAGGAGCGCGCGCGAGACGAGAGUCUCAAGUAGUGAGCAGUGUGUCCCCUCUGUAGUCGACGUCUCCGCCGCAGCCGCCGCCGCCGCCGCCGCCGGCCCUCUUCUCUACGCAGUGCAGGGCGAGUGAGGAAGAGCCCCUGCAGCCUGUACUCGCCCGCCCCCGAACCCCCGCCACCGCCAACAUUCGAGCCCGGAAUGCGCUAGGUCUGCUGCUCCACUCUUAUGUUGGUAACUGGGUGAGAGGACGAGAGAGCGUGUUUAAAGGGUGUGCAUUUUCAGUAGGAGAUCAGGGCAGUUUGAUAAAGAGUGGUGCAAAGGACAAGGACGGCGUUGACACUCAGUGUUUUGAAAGAAUGGCGCUUCCAAGUAGAGCAAGAGUGUAUACAGAUGUAAAUUCACACAAACCCAGAGAGUACUGGGAUUAUGAGUCGUACGUCGUCAACUGGGGUCAACAAGAUGAUUACCAGUUGGUGAAGAAACUGGGACGUGGCAAAUACAGUGAAGUGUUUGAAGCUUACAAUAUUACAAAUAACGAGAAAUGCGUCGUUAAAAUAUUAAAGCCAGUCAAAAAGAAGAAAAUCAAGAGGGAAAUUAAAAUCUUGGAAAACCUGCGAGGAGGGACCAAUAUUAUAACACUCCAAGCUGUUGUUAAAGAUCCAGUUUCUAGGACACCAGCUUUAAUAUUUGAACAUGUUAACAAUACAGAUUUUAAACUGCUGUACCAGACAUUAACGGAUUACGAUAUACGAUACUACCUCUAUGAGUUAUUAAAGGCAUUAGAAUAUUGCCAUAGUAUGGGUAUUAUGCACAGAGACGUGAAGCCGCACAACGUCAUGAUCGAUCACGAGAAUCGAAAACUGCGGUUAAUCGAUUGGGGUCUGGCAGAGUUUUACCAUCCAGGUCAGGAAUACAAUGUGCGUGUUGCCUCGCGUUACUUUAAAGGACCUGAGCUCCUUGUAGAUUAUCAGAUGUAUGAUUAUUCAUUGGAUAUGUGGUCGCUGGGCUGUAUGUUUGCGAGCAUGAUCUUUAGGAAAGAACCUUUCUUCCACGGCCAUGACAACUAUGACCAGUUAGUCAGGAUUGCCAAAGUACUGGGCACGGAGGAGCUCUUUGAGUACCUUGAUAAGUACCACAUCGAGCUUGACGUGCGUUUCAACGACAUUUUGGGCAGACACUCUCGUAAACGCUGGGAGCGUUUUGUUCACUCGGACAAUCAGCAUCUUGUCUCGCCCGAAAGCCUCGAUUUCCUCGACAAACUGCUGCGCUACGAUCACUAUGAGAGACUUACUGCGCGCGAGGCUAUGGACCAUCCCUAUUUCUACCCAAUUGUAAAGGAACAAGGCCGAAUGGCCAUGGUGUCGUCAUCACCUACUCCCAUGACAGGCUCAUUGCCUGUAGAUGAUCGCGGCGUAGCGGUGGGAAGCUUGCUGCCGGCAUCAUCCGGACCAGCAGCAGCAUCAGCCGGCAAUGGUUCUGGCGGUGGCGUCGACGCCUCCGUAAUACCGGGCAGCAGUGCAACGGUAGCAGCAGCAACAGCCCCAGCGUCAGCCGUGACCUUGUCGGCGAGCCUCGAGGAACUUUCCAAUCUGCCCCCGGUCAUACCCCAGCAUCUCUAAUAUCGAGCUUCUGUUACACGACCAGCGGCAACAAGCCGAUUCCAAGCCGCAACGACGCAGCGACCGAACUACUAUCAUUACCAUCAUCGAAAGCAGCAGCAGCAACGGCAACAGCAGCUACACUAACUGGUCCCAGAGCUUCGCAGCUUCGUCCUCGUCGAUGUCAUCCUCGUCCUCGUCGAUGUCGUCCUCGUCCUCGUCGUAAUCUCCUCGUCGCCCGGCUGCAGGCGGACAGCGACGCGGCUCCGGCUUUGCGCGCCCCCGGCGCGUGACACGCGCUCUGUGCGACCGUAUUACACUUUUAUUAUAUUGUAUAUGUACGAUGAGAGUUGAGGAAAGAACUGUGUGACGCGAAGAGAGCAACGGACUGUAACGAUUUGAGAGAAUAAUAAUAAUUAUAAUAAUACAAAUAAUAAAAGAAACAAAAAAAGAAUACAAUGAGAAACAAUUGUGUAUAACGCGCUGUCACAUCAUCAUUAUAUAAUUGUAUUAUCGGGACGAGGAGGCCAGCUGCCACGAUUUUUACGUACUAUACAUUGGAAUAUGUACACAGCUCAUUUUAUUUUUCGUCGCGCGCGGAAAGAAAUGAAAAAGAAUUAUUACUAUAAAUAUACAUAUGCAUAUACAACGCGAUCCAUAUUACAUUGUUACACUCAUACAGACACACCCACACACACACGCGCGCGCGAUCAUUCGUUACAUUAUGUAUACAUGUGCAUUGCCGUGAAGCAGAAAAGAAGGAGGAGGACGGACUCGCGAGCGUAUAUUAUAUUGUAAACAGGGGGGAGAAUAAAAAAAAUUGAUGCCACGUUGACGUAAAGCAGGAGAGGAAGGAAAAACAGUAUGUGUACGAGCAGUUGCUAGCGCGCGAGCCGCUGAUGAAUCAAUUGUGUUUGAAUGAAAAGGAGAUCGAGCGCGCGCGUACUCACACACUAGGUCACUCUCUCAGUUUAUAUAGUAUAUUUAAACGACAAUGGAAGAAAAAGGCAGAAAAUGGAUAAAAUGAUGAAGCAAAAAUAUAAAAAAAGAAAACGACGAAUGUUCAUUUAUAUCUGAUACAACAAUGAUAGCUGAAUAAACUGUUUGUUAUAGCCAAGUACUAUUUGUGCUUUGUGAAUACCUAUAUAAAAAAAGAUAAAAAAUGAUACAUACAAACAGAAUGAAUGAUGAUGCAUUUCAGUGGCGGUUUAUAUCAAUCAAUGGAGAUGACACGUUUUGUAUCAGUGAUAAGGAUUGUUUUUCCUUCAGUCUUAAAGGAUGUUCAGAGAUUCUAUUAGAUCUUUCAUUCAGAAAGUUUAAAAAAUUAUCUACGGACCUACGGUAUCCAAAAUGUUUUAUACUAUACUUUUUUUGUAAUGACUUUUCUCAAAUGGUGCAAAGAAUUACAUAUGCAAGUCUAUAUUAGUCAUUUUUCUUAGCUAAAUUAUUCUCCAUUCAAAGCUAUGAUGCUAUAUUGUUACUUUUUUACCAUACAUACUUUUUCAAUUCAAAUUACACCAAUAAAUAAUAUUUUUUGAGAAGUUUCGAUGUUUACUUUUGGAGAUGUGGUUUUUAAAAUAAAUACACUUCAUAAUGGAUAACAAGACAACAAUUACGGUUUCCUUAUUUAUUUUUUAAGCAAAUCACUACUGUCAUGCCAAACUUUGCCAAUUAGUUACAAUUUUACUACAUUAUUAUAAUAGCAUGUAAAACUGUUAGAUUAUAAUGAUUAUCAUCUCUAAGACUGAAGGAAAAACAACUUUCAGAAGUUCAUAAGUAUAACGUGUCUCCCUAGCACACGUGAGAAAUCAAUGUGCAAUGCUUUAUGCAUUUUUUUUUCAAUCCUGACUGAGAAAAAAGGUUUAUUAAAUCUAGUGCAAGAUUGCAUAUGAUUAUCAUGUAAUGAGCGGGUUAUUCAUGCGCGAUUUGUGCAUGAUUAAGUAAGGUGUGAAUAAUAUAUAAUUGUAGAAUAGUUAUACAUAUAUUACUUGUAGAUUGUGUACAAAUUGCCCAUUAAUAGCCUAUAUUUAUGUUUUCAUACAUUUACUCAGUCAGCAUUAAUGUUUAGAAAAAUCCCUUGUUUCCGUUCUCAGCGUUAUAACAUGAUGAAGGUUAAGGUAUAUAUAUAUUACGAUGUAUGUACCCUCGGACUAUAUUCGAGCAGAUUUAUACUUGCAAAUAUUAAUACGACCCAUAUGGGAUAAAGUCAUCUCAUAAAUGUAGUUAUACCAUCGAAUUAAAAGCAAGCGUUGAUGCCCAAAGGGCUUUUCGGGGUGUACGAUAAGAUGGUAGACUUUUACCGACUUUACAGAUUAGAUUAUUGAUUUUAUUGCUAGAAACAUUGCAAAGGCGAUUUUUUAUUAAACUCCUGUAUCGGGAAACUUGAAGUCGUUUUGAUUUUGCGUGGAUGAAAAUUCUCAUUAUAUUAUACUAUAAUCAAUCGCAUUUAUCAUCCUGUUGUCGUACCAGUGAGUUGGAAAAAGUAAAGUUUAUAAGCAGGCCGUAAAGCAAAGAGAAUAAGCCUAACUAAAUCUAUCUCCAUUUAAACACCGAUCUACAUAUUAGAGAUUAGAAAAACAUUAUAUUCGGGCGAAGUGGAGGGCAUAGUAGAGAGGACAUCAGAAAGUCCAUAGGAUGAAGAGAAGAUAUGACAGGAUAUAAGUUGUACAUGGUGUACACUUUGCGACUUGGCUUUCGUUGGUCAAGCGCAUUAAAAUCGUCUCUCUAACUCACUCUAUUACUAUAUCUAUACCUAUAUUUUUUGAGUAUUAAAAAAUCACUGAGAAUUUAAAA